AUGCAUAUAAAUAUAUGUUUAGUGUCACCAGUAGUAGUUGGUAGUACAGCUCCUGAUAUAAUGUUAAGUGAAAUAAUUUUAAUUCUGUUUGUUUUGGCUAUAUGGUUAUCCGCAAUUGGCUUUUGUCUUAAUCAAUAUAAAUCUCUUCGUCGUCUUGAAACUCAAGCACAUUAUUGUAUUGAUCGUAAAGAUCCAUUAAAUAUAGGUGAUAUUAAAAUUGUUGCACGUGAACAAGAUUCAAUUAUAUAUAAGAAAAAACGUUAUUCAACAUUACUUGAUCCAAAUCUAACUCAUCCAAAUUUACAAGCUAUGCAUUAUGUUCAACAAUAUUUACCAAAACGUCCAAUCACAACAACUGCACCAACACUUUCAGCGCUUGUUAUAGAUGAAAAUGACCUUACAUGUAAGAUUCCUUUAUCAGCAACAACUGGAUUUCAUUCAUCAAUUCAUACGCCAUUAAAUACACAUGAUGAAGAAACUGAAUAUGAAACAUUAAUACCGAAUUCAAAAACUAACACAGAAUCUAGUAUAUAUAAUAGAAAUAUAUCAAAUUUUGCUCAUAAAGAACAUGCUCGUCAUUCGACAGCUCUUACGAUUCCAUGUAUAUCUAUCGCAAAUAGUUUACAUUCAUCAUGGAAUACUUCACAAAUGUAUGAUGCAAGUUGUUCAGCUCAACUUUUAUCCGUUCCAAUAAAUAGUCUACGAGCUAAUCGUCAUUCUGAUGGUAAUAUAUCAUUACCAGUACCACAUAUGAAUCAAAAUAAUCCUCAACAUUUUAAUGAACAAUUACUUGAUCCUCGUUUAAUACCCGAUACAGUUCGUCGAAGUUUAUUAGCAUUACAUCGUGAAAGUCAAGAAAAUAUAAAUUUAUUUAAAAGAAAAGAUAAAACUCAAUCAGAAAAUGAUGUACAUGGAGCAUUAACACCAUGGAAAAUGAAAAUGAUAUCAAAAUUAAAACAUACACAUCCACAAUUAGAACAAACAUCUCGACCACAUGCAAAUACACUUUCAAUUCUACCAUAUAGACUUCAUUAUAAUAAUUAUGAUCGAUAUCCGUUAGAGAAUAUUCCAGCAGUUAAUAAUGAAUAUCAAAAUACAAGAUCAAUUCAACAACAUUACUCAAUAUCAACAACACCAUCAAUUCGACGAAGUUUAAAAAAUUACCCAAAAUUUUCAACACAAAGUACAAGUGAAAGUGAAGGUACACAAGGAGAAUUAGCAACAUUUACAAGUUUUUAUAUACCUACAAAUGAUGAUAAAUUAACUGAAACAAUUAUUGAACUAACUGAAAAAACUCCAUGA